AAACGCAGGUGUUUCCGGGCCAUACAAGAAUGGCUUCCUAGGAAUGACAAGAACCAGCACUAAACGUGCGUGAGAGAGAACAGGCAAGAGAUUUCUGUGUCACCUUCUUCCUUUUCCUCCCGCAGCAGCAGUUCCCAGACCCAAAGAAGAGGCCGAGUUUCACUCUCAGCGCGCCAAGAGCGACAAGGGAGGGAGGAGCUGCCAGAGCCGCGCAUGAGCGCCGCUCGUUUCCCGGCUGUGGGCGCGAACCUGAGUCGGGGCAGAGGCUUUAUUUUGGUUGGUGUGCUUCACCAACGCUUCCACCCCAAAGCGGGGAGCUAAAGGCCGGAAGGGUAUUACCCGGGCUUUCCUGCAACAGCCCUUCACGCGCUCUGUGUUUAAAUCUACCGCCGCCACGGCCUCUCUUCGUCUUUCUCCGUCCCAAGGGCGUGUGGAGAGGCAAUGAAGCUGACGAAAGCCCAGUACGAAGAGAUUGCCCAGUUCCUGGAUCGGGUUCCCCCAACUAGGCAGAGCAUGAGGAAACUGAAGGACAGAUUCCCUAGCAUUGACUGUAGCACUUCCAAGAAAGACAGCUGGGACAUUCAAGAGUUGAUUGAAAGUCAAUCGCAGUCCACUCUGCUGAGCAUCUUCUCCCAGGAGUACCAGAAAUUAAUCAAAAGAACACAUAUCAAACAUCACACUCCAGAGGCAACUGAAACUUACUAUCAAAGGUACUUGAAUGGUGUAAUGAAAAAUGCAGCUUCUCCUGUAUUAUUGGACCUGGCCAAUGAGGUGGACUUUGCCCCAUCGCUGAUGGCUCGAAUAGUGUUGGAAAGAUUUCUACAAGAACAAGAAGGAUUGAUACCUUCCAAAACUCUUAUAAACAGUAUGCUGCGGGACCCUUCUCAGAUUCCAGAUGGAAUUCUAGCAAACCAGGUCUAUCAGUGUACUGUGAAUGACUGUUGUUAUGGACCACUGGUGGACUGCAUCAAACAUGCAAUUGGAUAUGAGCAUGAAGUCUUACUUCAAGAAAUGCUGUUGGAGAAAAAUAUAUCUUUUUUAGCUGAAGAUCAGUUACGUGCGAAGGGUUAUGACAAAACACCAGAUUUCAUAUUAGAAGUGCCAGUUGAUGGAUGGAAGGCUGAGUGGACCUCGACCCCUUUUACCGGAGAUUUGACUUCCUCCUUCCAUUGGAAUCGAACUCCAGCCGUGAGCAGAGCUUUUGGCUGCGUUACCGCUGCUUACCACUCUGCGCCACGGAGGAUAUUUUAUAAUGCUGUAGAAGGCCAUAUCAUUCAUUGGGUUGAAAGCAAAGCUUCUUUUGGUGAUGAGUGCAGCCACCAAGCCUACCUACAUGACCAAUUUUGGAGCUACUGGAACAGAGCAUCUGAAGGCACAUGUGGCCAGCUCCCUGCUGAAGCUAAGCAGGGUCAGGUCUGGUCAGUGCCUGGAUGGGAGACCGCUUGGGAACUAUAUGUCUCUUAUCAUGAAAAGAAAGAUUUGGUCCUGGACUUGUUAUCUAUUGGUAUGGAUUUAUCGAGGAGUUGGAUUGUCAUCGCAAUCGUGGUAUCUUGCUCAAAGAUUGCUUCCCUACAGACAUAGUUACUCUUUGAGAUUUCAAUGGGGGUGGAAGAAAUUUUGGAGGAAAAGGCGAAUCCGGAAGCAAUUUUACUUUCCUGCAGUAUAAACUACUGGCAACAUCUGCCCUGAACUUCAGUUGAACUCUCUCUGCCUGGGAUCACACUACUACUACUUUAGACAAACACAUCAAGGGUUUCUGCUUUACUUCAACCCUCUGCAGAUGCAAGCAGCCAAAAAAUACAGACACAGCCCAAACAUUAUCAGCAUUUCUGUCUCUGUCAAACAGUUUAUAGAUAGCCGUAAUCUUUCUUCCUUCCGGAUGGCUUCUCCUUGCACUUUCAACAAAAGAAGAAAUGUGGAGGCUAAAAAGGUGUGGCUUUCAGUUUUCCUCCCUGUUACGAAGUCACUUUUUAAAAAAAAAAAUCUGUCACACAAACCUUUUUCUGGUAAAUGUUAAAAAUCUAAGUAAUACAAACUUGUUUGACGGUUAGUCUUCAAUUCUUAAUGGUCAUGUUGUGCCAAACUAGUACAAGCUGAUAUAGGUUAGGAAAGUAAGUCAUCUGGCAAUGCAUUGUUUUAACUCUGAACUUUCAGGCUUUCUGGGCACAAAGCCAAACAGUUGAUACUGUUAAUGUAAUUUUAAUUACUGGUUUGUACCUCAUUUCAUGUUGUUAAAAGCAAAAACAUAAUUGUAGAAAUACUUUUUUUCUCUUGUGUAUCUGGUUUUUAAAUUAAAAGUCAGAUAUUGUAUAGUCUACAUUAAGGUGUAAUGGACAUUUUAAUGUUUUAAAAUAAAG